CUCUAAUGAAAGCUCCUGGCAAUGGGACGAAGCGCAGUCAUGGCACCAGUACCUUCGAAGCUCUAUUCAGAUGACGUCAGCCUUCUCGUGGUUUUGCUCGACACCAACCCUUUCUUUUGGAGCACUGCUUCUCUUCCAUUCUCCAAGUUUCUCUCUCAUGUUCUAGCGUUUCUGAAUUCAAUUCUUCUCAUCAAUCAACUCAAUCAAGUCGUGGUUAUCGCUACCGGAUGCAAUUCCUGCAACUUUAUUUUCGAUUCUUCUUCUGUGCCGGCGAAUCCAAAUCUGGAAAAUGGGAGAAUGCCUGCUCUCUGUUCCAAUUUGUUGCAGAAAUUGGAGGAGUUUGUGACCGGAGAUGAAAAAUUGAGCAAAGAAGUUUUAGCGGCUGGGAUUGGGUCUUCCCUGCUAUCAGGGUCUUUGUCUAUGGCUCUUUGCUAUAUACAGCGGGUUUUUCGAACAGGACCACUGCAUCCUCAGCCUCGAAUCUUAUGCCUGCAGGGAUCUCCAGAUGGACCUGAACAAUAUGUUGCAGUGAUGAAUGCAAUAUUCUCAGCUCAGCGUUCUAUGGUUCCCAUAGAUUCUUGUGUUAUGGGAGCCCAGCAUUCUGCCUUCCUGCAGCAGGCUUCUUAUAUUACUGGGGGUGUGUAUCUGAAGCCCCAACAACUAGACGGGCUGUUUCAAUAUCUCUCGACAGUAUUUGCAACUGAUUUGCAUUCUCGCCGCUUUCUACAACUUCCUAAGCCUGCAGGAGUAGAUUUCCGUGCCUCGUGUUUUUGCCAUAAAAACACAAUUGAUAUGGGCUACAUAUGUUCUGUCUGUCUGUCUAUAUUUUGUAAGCAUCACAAGAAAUGUUCGACCUGUGGGUCAGUUUUUGGUCAAGCCCAGUCUGAUGGUAACUCAGCAACAGACCGGAAAAGAAAGACUCCAGAGACAUAAUUUUGCAAUUCUAAAAUUGCUUAUGCUCCUUUUUGGCUACAAAUCUUGCUGCCCUACCAAUCUCUCGAGUAGAGUGCAGUUUCCGGCAUCACCAGUGCUUGACGGCCAAGACAAAGUAUGGAAUGGACUCUGAGCAAAUAUUCGGUGAGUGAAUUUUGAUGAAUGUAGGCCCAUGUCUAUUCACUUGUAUACCAAGCAACUGGGCAACAGAAAACAUAAUUGUCUGUUGUAGAUUUCCUCUUUGUUGGUUCUUUCACCUGCUUGACCAUUUUUUUUGUUCUCCAAGAUUUUGGAAAUUUUUAUCAUGUAACGUAUAGAAUAGUACUUUCAUGUGGCAUCUUGUUGUGUGAUUGGGUUACAUUAUACGUACUUCUGGAAUUAAUAUCUUAUUUAUAAUCAUUGAAAAGUA